CGCGUUUCUCCACCUAAGCGUCCUCUUCCCCUACCCUCCUCUUCGCCCGCCAUGUCUUCCUCCUCCGCAGCCAACAAGCCGAAGGGCGACCCGGCUGUCGUCGACUCCAAGCUCGAGAGCCACCAGCGCCUUGAUAAUGUCGAGGAUUCGGCCGACCACCUCCUCGAGACGCUGGGGUACACCCCCGAACUGUCGCGCAACCGAUCCACGGCACAGGUCGCAUUCAUGUCCUUCGUCCUCGCCUCAAUCCCGUACGGUCUCGCCACGACGCUAUACUAUCCCUUGGUAGGAGGUGGCCCGGUAGACAUUAUCUGGGGCUGGGUUUUGGUCUCAUUGAUCAUUGUCUGCGUCGCGGCGUCUCUGGGGGAAAUUACCAGUGUCUAUCCCACGGCCGGAGGCGUAUACUAUCAAGCCUUCAUGUUGGCAUCCCCCAAGUGGCGGCGCAUUGCGUCUUGGAUCACCGGUUGGCUCUUUGUCGUCGGCAACAUCACCAUCACCCUGGCGGUCAACUUUGGCAGCACGUUGUUUUUCGUCUCCUGCAUCAACGUGUUCGAAAAGGAGCCCGGCGUCGGCAUCUUUGCGGGCGAAACUUGGCAGGUGUUCCUCAUCUUCUUGGCUCUGACGCUGUUUUGCAAUGCUGUAUCGGCUCUCGGCAACAAGUGGCUUCCUUGGUUGGAUACUGCUGCUGUGUUCUGGACCUUUGCCGGCGUCGUUGCCAUCCUCAUCAGCGUCCUCGUCAUUGCCAAAGACGGCCGGCACGAGGCCAAGUGGGUGUUUGGCCACUUCGAGUCCUUUUCAGGUUGGCCCAGUGGCUGGUCCUUCUGUGUCGGUCUCCUUCACGCCGCCUAUGCCACUUCUUCGACUGGAAUGAUCAUCUCCAUGUGUGAGGAGGUCAAAGAUCCCGCUACGCAGGUCCCCAAGGCCAUGGUCGUCACCAUCUUCUUCAACACCAUUGCCGGCCUCCUCUUCCUCAUCCCCCUCGUCUUCGUUCUCCCUGAUCUCGGUAUGCUUGCCGCCCUCGCCUCCGGCCAGCCCGUGCCUCCCAUCAUCAAAUCCGCCGUGGGAUCUUCUGGCGGCGCGAUUGGUCUCCUCAUCCCCAUCAUGGUCCUCGCUGUCAUCUGUGGCAUCGGCUGUACGACUGCCGCGUCUCGCUGCACGUGGGCCUUUGCUCGUGAUGGCGCCAUUCCUGGGUCCAAAUGGUGGAUUAAGGUCAACAAGACCCUCGACGUGCCGCUCAACGCCAUGAUGCUCAGUAUGGCCGUGCAAAUCAUCCUCGGAGUCAUAUACUUUGGCUCUACUGCAGCCUUCAAUGCCUUCUCCGGCGUUGGCGUCAUUUGCUUGACGGCUGCAUAUGCAACGCCCGUUGCUAUCAGUCUGCUCAGCGGGAGAAAGCAGGUUCGCAAGGGCAAGUUCUACCUCGGCCAGCUAGGUGCUUUCUGCAAUGUCAUCACUGUUGCCUGGUCCUUGCUUGCCCUGCCGCUUUUCUGCAUGCCGACGAUUAUUCCCGUCACAGCCCAGACGGUCAAUUAUGCUCCCGUUGUCUUUGUGGCCGCGACGGUCAUUUCCGGCAUCUGGUACUGGGCUUGGGGCAACAAGAACUAUGCCGGCCCUCCCGUUCACGAUGACUGA